CAAUUCAAUUAACAACUGGCUUUCUAUUUUUUCCACUUAUCUCAGCUGUGAAUGUAACUGCGGAGUCUUCUAAUGAAUGUGAACAACGAGGACUCCCAGGUGACGCCCGCCGUGCCGCGGAGUGAUAAUGAAAAGGGCGGAUACUUCGGUGGAACUUGUCCAAGCCGGUUUUUUUUUUUUUCACCCCGGUGGUAUUAUUCAUUCAGCAGAGAUGCAUCGCGUCGAGAGAAAGCAGCCUUGAUGUGCGCUCGGUCAUCGGAGGGGGAAUGAAGACACGGAAUUAAACAUGCUCGCCGUUUGAACCUGGAGAUGAGACGCACGCCUACACCUGCAUGGGACUUUGAGAACGGCACCGUUUGGGAGGAAUAUGUUGACACCGCCUUUGUAGUGGCAAACAGCUUGAUUCUGUUGAUCACGUCCGUGGUGGGGAUUGCGGCGAACGUCUUCGUCGUGCUGGCGGUGUACCACCAGAAAUCCCUGCAAACCUCCAACAACGCGCUGGUGGUGAAUCUCGCCGUCGUGGAUUUCCUGCGCUGCGGCAUCGACUGCCCCAUCCUGCUCGCCAUCGUCAUGACGGUGUACCGGAGGGGCCGCGUGGACGAUUUGAUCUGCGACACGCACAUAGUCUCGUUCUCGUUCAGCUGCUGCAUCCAGCUGCUGACCCUGGCGUGCAUCAGCGCAGAGCGGCAUCAGGCCAUCGCACAACCCUUCAAAGCCAGUCAGAGAAAAACACGGAUUAUGGUGCUCAUUCCUCUCACAUGGAUCUUGGCCGUUCUCAUGGCUGUGCUCUGCCUGAUGUAUCUGAGGGACUCGCCCGUGCAUGCCCGAUGUAAAGGGCAGCAGAGAGAAAAGCUGCCUUCCUACGACAACUUUGGAUUGUUCAUGCUGUUCCCGCUGUGGGCCGCCUGCUUCGGCGUGAUCACCGGCUUCUACGCCCGAAUAUUAGCUCUCGUGAAAUCGCACAAUCGUAAAAUAUUUGACGAAGGUACUUUCCCUCUCUCGAAGAAAGACCCCGCAGAGGAGGAGCGAAAGAGAGAGGAAACCACAGUGGUGGAAAACGCAAAACAUGAGAAAAAUCGAGGGGCUUCAUUACCGCCGGUCUCCGAAACCGAGGCUGUGAAGCCACCUGUGGAGGUGGAAGGCGCCGUUUGUAUGAUGCCUUCAAAAGCCGGCAAGGAGAGAGCCAGCAAAAAGAAGGAGAGCAAAAUGGCCAAGCGGGCGGGAUACAUUAUUGUAACCUUCCUCUUGUUCUGGCUUCCUCUGAUCACAACCAUCCUGGUGAACGUUGUCAGUGACAAAAACAAGAAUGCACAGACUUUAAUCAUUCAGGACUUGGAGAUCCUGUCAGUGUCUGUUGCCUGCAUCACAUCCCUGAGUGACCCCAUUAUUUACGCUGCUGUGAACCCCCAGUUUCGGACAGAGUUUUACCGCCUGAAGAACAGACUGAGUUCCGUUUUCAGCAAGAAAUUCUAA